ACGAACUUUUCCAGAUAUAGUUACAUCAGUCACUUUUAUUUCUCGAAUUGAAGUCCCCAAGAUACAACCACAGAGUUGCAAGCACUGCAGUUUUCUAGAUACAAAUCGAAAAUAGAAAACAUCUUUAUCAAUCCUUUUCAGGGAACUGUUUGUCUGCUAAUGUUGCUACUACAUGAGACGUUUCAUGAAACCUCAAGUACGAUAUUAAAUAUAGACAUACAUGAAACAAAAAGACCCGGCGCUCCGGGUACCAGAGCCAGCAGUGUGAGGACCUUCACUCAAAGACUUGUGAUAUCCAAGACUUGGUUGUGUCUGUGGAUUGCCGCUGGAAUACAAAAGUUCUCAAAGCGUGUGUCUGUAUCUCGGGGACUUGACGUUCGAGUAAUAAAAGUGACUCAUUUAAUCUGGAAAAGAUUGUACGAUUCAAUUUUCAUUACUAAAUGAAGACAAAAAGCACGCACGCGCGCAGAGAGUUACGAGACGUCACGUGAACGUGGCCAUCAGCACCCGCCAGCCUCCUGACAGAAGGUUUAACUUCCUCAUAGAUGAGCAGAUGUGAGGAAAGUAAUAUAAGCUCUCUAUCAACUUAUCCGGACUAAUACGAGCGAAUGUUUCAUUGCGAUCGUCUGUCUUCUAACAGAAAGUUGUGUGGAGCCGUCACCAGUAGUGCACUCAGGCAUUUCUGGAGAAUUCUCUCAAUGUCUUGGAACGACGGACGGCAUCAUAAAUAUUCGUAAUUUUAGGCGAUGUAGAAAAGAGAGAACCUAAUAAGUUUCCUGGGGAAAAAAGUCACAUCUCAGGAAGAAUGAAUGAGAACACAAGCACAGGUUCCAUUACUGGGACAGAAGGAGAGAUGAGUGAAUGUGCCGAAAACGAAGAAAACUUCGCUGGUCGAGCAGACACAGUAAGAUGCACUAAAGCAACAACUACGACAACAACGGUAAUAACGACACAAACCAACACGAACAAUGUAUUAGACACUCAUAAACAAACAUCGACUUCAGGAGACGUGUCCGGCAGAGACACAACCAAACCGACAUCAGAACAUUCUGCAACUACGAGCACAACUUGUGGCGGGAUCUCUGGACAACACAGCUCUUAUCUAAAGGACAACCUCGACAUCGUGCGACAGAAGUGCAGCGAGUUUCACGCCUGUACCGUGGAGCUGUAUAAGUCUGAGAACCUUCACCGCAUCCUGGCCGGCGACAACAUUCAGCUCCGUAACAUCUGUGGACUGUUGUAUCAAAACGCCAACGGCAGCUACAGGAUUCUGGACAACCAGUGCUCAGUUCAGGAGAGAGAAUCCAUCAAGGAAAUACUGGGUGACGAGUUAUCUCCCAAUCUAGAUGGAAGCAGCUCUAGAGAGGACAGCUGGGGAAAACUCAAAACCUGUUUAGACAACAACAAUAGCGGCAGCACACACCUCGAUGAACUGUGCAGGUUAAAGGGAAACUCCACACUUCCGCUGUGCAACUCAACUGAUGUACAGACGACAACAGAGAAGUUUUUCAACGAUAAGUUGAGACAACAUCACUGCAUCUGCAACACUUUUACUGAGUCUUCUGGUAAACAAUAUAGUGACAAUAUACUGACAAUAGUGAGGAUGUGUAGGGAGCGAUAAUGUAUUCACAUUAAGGAAUAAGUAAGUCA